GCAUGGGCAAGGCAUGUGAAACAAGGGCCAAUUCCUGUGAAGCCUAUGUGUCAUUUAAAUUUAUAGAGGAGACCGGUUUCACAGCAGUAGUAGUUCGGCAGCAAUUAACACACACAGGACAUGAUUUGUCAAACCCUGAAGAGAGGAAGAAAAAUGCAAUUAAUCCAGAAUUGUUAGGAUUUGUCGAAAUAUGGCUCACACAAGGUCUAUCCAUAUCACAGAUUGUCAUAAAAAGUUGUGAUUGGGCAUGUAGUCGGGGUUACACCGAUAAGCAUGACAGACGUUUCUUCCUAACUCCAGAAGAUGUAAGGUUGGUAAAACGCCAUCUCCGCAUCUUCACUUUGCCGGACAUUAAUGAUGCUGUGAGUGUGGAAAAGCUGGUGACAGGUGAACUGAAAGAAAAUAUUUGCUUUUUUCAACCUUUGACAAAAGACCAGCCACUGGUUAUUGUUGUCCAGACACCACAACAGAAGGCUCUACUCCAAGAGAACCCCCACCCCAUGGUUUUUAUGGAUGCAUCCUACAAAGGUUUGACAUCAUAUGGGUAUGCACUGUAUGCCCUUGUACUUGUCAAUCAAACUGGAAGAGGAGUGCCAUUUGCGUACCUAAUAAUGAGCCAGGAAUCCUCAGCAAUAGUUGAGCUUUGCUUGAACAUGCUUUGUUCAAGAAAUCCAAACUUUUACCCAAGGUCAGUUAUGAUCGACAGAGACUUAAAAGAGCUCAAUGCCAUAAGAGAAGUUUUCCCCAAAACCAAAGUUCUCCUCUGUUGGUUUCAUGUUCUCCAGGCUGUACAUCGCUGGGUUACAUCAAGAGAUGGUGGGAACCUGUCACCUGACAAAAGACAUGUCGUCAUUCAUGCCAUGACCUCAAUGAAAGCUUGCAUGACGGAGGAAGAUUUUGUGACCGUUUCCACUAGUGUGUGCAAUGACCUUGAUGCCCAGCUUGGCAGCAAUCGAGUGACAACAUACCUGAAGGUGCACUGGCUUCCACAUGCAGCACUAUGGGCCAAUUUUGGACGACUAUUUGAGCACAACAACAGCGACACCAACAACAAGGCAGAGAGGUUUUUUCUUGCGCUGAAAUACUAGUUCCUAAGGGGAGAGGCAAACAGAAGAGUUGAUCAACUUCUUCACUUGCUAUGUGGUGAUAUUCAAAAAUAUUAUUGCUACAUGGACGACUUGGCAGACGCAGGAAGACUGAGGAUCUCCUUGUCAGCAUCAACAUCUUCAGCAGCCAACACAGUGGGACAGCAGAUCCUGACAAAUGAGCAAGGAAUGUGCUCUGUGCAAACAGGGGCAGGGCCCAGCUCAGAUUCAACUUGGAAUACUGUGGAUCUAGUCAAGAUGCAGUGUGACUGUGGAUGGUAUGAUAAGGGAAAUGUAUGCACACAUAUUGUCUCCGCAUACACUGAAGCACAGAAAUGUAUUGAUAUUGCACAGCUACGUGCUGACAUGGCUAGAGAUAUUGUUGCCAAAAACCAGUACCACAUUGAUGGUGAUUUCAUUACUGUUCACCCCACUGAUGUAAGUGCCACAUUUGUAUUUACUGGUGAACCUGCCUUUUGUACCUGUGCUGUCAACAGUUACGGUCAAAAGUGUGUGUGCUUACAUGUUGCUGACUGCCUGCAAACUACCAACAAUUCACAUUCUACAUGUCCCACUGAUGGAAACGAAAAUAUGUUUGUGCCAACAAAUGUCACUGCACAAGUUCAACUUCAGUCUAUGUUGACAGAUUUACUGGAGUGGAGCAAAUCAGAAAAUUACAUGUAUAGUAGUGACCUGUACACUACAGUGAAGAGGGCACACACAGUGGCCUUCAAUCGUUUUGGCAUUGUGUCAAGAAAACGAAAAAUACAUGCACUUCAUGCUUAUCGCCAGCGGAUAGAGCAAGCCAAACGAGAGCUUUACAAAAAGCGCAAAACAAGAAGAUACAAGCGCUAAAUAAUAAUAAUAAACAGAUUUAAC